CGAUGCAUGUACUACGUUGGAACAGUAGAUCGACAUGAACAAAUUCUUUGAUGUUGUCUUGUUGACGAGUCAUCUAAUUUUUCGUUGUGCCUGAUAAGCUGAUAGUGAGAUCAGUGUCUUUCAGAUACUCCAAAUUGGAUGUUUAGAACAGCGUGAGUGAACAUAUUUAUAGAAGAAGUGCAAGUUCUGGUUACAUAUAUCUCAAGAGGUACAAAGUAAAUUGUAUUUCCAAGGCAAGUUCUUCAUAUGACCAGCGUCUCAAGAUGAACACGCUGCUGGUGUCGGCUGUGCCCGCCUUUGAGUCUGGGAACGAGACUGAAAUCUGUAACAAGCUGCAGGAAUUCACAAAAGAGAAUGCUGGUACAUUCUCAUUUACAGACGUGCAAUUAGAAACAAAAAAGAAAUUUGUAGGGGAUGUUAUGUACAUGCUAGAGCAGACAGAGAGCUGGGAAUGCCAACUUCUUUGCCUGGAAUCAUUGAAGAUCUUCAGCCGGGACAAGUACAACAUGCUCCAACUUGAACAGAAGGAAUGUGUGCACCUUCUCCUAAAACUAGCUGGCCUUAAUGAGGAACCAAAGGAUUAUGAUGUAUAAAAGGUCAUCAUCACAGAAGCCCAGAAGUGCCUGUGUAAUCUUGUGUUCAACAAUGCCAAAGUCAGGACAAUAUGCAGUGAGAGCUCCUGCGUGGAGCAGAUCCUCGCACGCACCAAGCGAUACACCGAUGCCAAGGUACCUUGGGAUACUAAGUAUUAUGACAUGAGGCUUCUCUUCUUACUCACGGCACUCAUUCCUGAUUUGAGGGCGAAGAUUCGAACGGAACUCUCGGGAGUCGAAAUCCUCACCGGUCUGUUAGAAACCGAAGUGCUUUGCGACAUCACCGACAGGGAGACUCUGGGGACAACGGGGGCAUCGGAGAAGAGAGAGAUCGUCUCGGCAGCCAAGGCCGACCUAGCUGGGGAGAUACUGAAGGCUUUCUUCAAUGUUAUUGUACAUGUCAAGGUCGAGGAUUUGCAAGGGGAGGACGACACUGUUUGGAAAAGGCUUGGUAUUGCUUUCAGGGCAUUGCUGCUUUCAGAGUCAGAAAAUGAAGAGAAAACAGAAGCAUAUCACAGUCACACUGUCAACAUGUUAACCUUGCCAUUACCCAAAGCCUUAGUACUUCAACUCAUCCCGGAACCAGAGGGAGCAACGGGAGGGUCAUCUAGUUACCAUGGUUACAGUAUGGAUCUCAUCGCAGCUAUCCUCAAAUUCCUUGAGAAGAGAAUAGAAAAGUGCACUGCCAAAGAUGGAAGACAGUUUUCUCUUGUGGAGCAACUCAAUCCUGCGAUCAGCGCCCUCUGUGUUCUGUCCAGAUGCAAUCGCUUUAUCAGAAAACAUUUGAAAGAACAGGUCUUGCCCCCAUUAAGAGAUGCAUCCAACUUACCUGAAGAAGGGGAUACACUAAGAAACAAAUUGGUGAGAUUAAUGACAAAUCCAUCGACUGAAAUCAAGGAAUCCAUGUCUGAUUUUAUUUUCAUUCUCUGCAAAGAAUCAGUUGCAAGAAUGGUGAAGUAUACUGGCUACGGGAAUGCUGCCGGGAUGCUUGCAAGGCGAGGUCUGCUGCAAGGAGGGAGGGGUAACACCGAUUACAGCGAUAGCGACGGUGAUGAUGACAGUGAUACGGAAGAAUACCGGGAAGUUCGGGACAGGAUAAAUCCGAUUACAGGGAGAGUUGAGGAGGACAAACCAGAUCCAAUGGAAGGAAUGUCAGAAGAACAAAAAGAAUUCCAUGCUAGAGAACUAGCAGCUAUGAUCACUAAGAUGGCCAAUGAGGGUGUCAUCACACCCAUGGCCGUCGGACAAGAUGGCCGCCUCGUCUCGAUGACAGAAAUCAUGGGUCGCGCUCAAAUCACCGAACUCCAGGAAAAUGGCGAUGACGAUUCUGACGUCGACUGAUACGACCCUAAAGGUCGACCAAAAGAAAUAUUUUGCGCCCUUUCACGAUCAGUACCCGCACCCACCUGGACCAAGGAGGACCUGCACAAGAUGUGGUCUUGUGCGUUACAAAUGUUUAACUGAACAUGACCAAACUGGAAUGUUAUGUCUACAGGGAGGGUACCAAUAUUACGUUUAUCAUUUAUAGACAUUUAGAUUGCCUUAAAGAUAAUAAAGAGUUG